CUUCAUCUUCAUCUUCCCCAAAGAAAGAGAAAUGGAAGGUCUGAUUCAUCUUCCCCAUUACUGGUUCGUCUCAAAUCCAACAGUAAAACACUUCCAAUGGCGUCAAGGAGAAACCUUCGCUUCCUCCUUCCUCUUCCUCACCCUCACCGUCUUCACAUACCUCUCUCUCACUUUCCUCCUCCGCCGUCUCUCCUUCCCUCCCCUCUCCCCCUCCAUCCUCCGCCCCAUCUCCGCCGUCCACAACCUCAUCCUCCUCCUCCUCUCCUCCUCCAUGGCAAUCGGCAUCUCUCUCUCCUCCCUCUCUCAAAUGCAAAACCCUAAAUGGCUUCUCUGUUUCCCCAAAUCUCAAACCCCAACAGGUCCCGUCUUCUUCUGGGCAUACAUCUUCUACCUCUCAAAAAUCCUCGAAUUCAUCGAUACCCUGCUCAUAAUCCUCGCCGGAAGCGAUCGACGCCUCUCUUUCCUUCAUGUAUAUCAUCACGCGGUGGUUAUCGUGAUGUGUUAUGUAUGGUUGUCGACGGUUCAGUCUCUUAUGCCGAUAGCAUUGGCGACGAAUGCGUGUGUUCAUGUUAUAAUGUAUGGUUAUUACUUUUGUUGUGCGAUUGGGCGGCGGCCGAGGUGGAAACGGGCGGUGACUGAUUGUCAGAUUGUUCAAUUUGGGUUGAGUUUUGCGAUUUCGAUUGUUAUGGUUUAUUAUCAUUUGAGUGGCGAUGGAUGUUCGGGGAUAUGGGGAUGGUGUUUUAAUGCUGUUUUUAAUGCUUCUCUUCUUGCUCUUUUUAUGGAUUUUCAUUCUAAGAACUAUGCUAGGAAGAAGAAGAUGAUGAUUAUGGAUAAACUGUCUUGAUUUUGACAGUAUUGUUUCUUUCUCUAAUAGACUGUCUGUAGUUUGAUUCAGCCUGUUUGUUUCAUAUAACAUUCAACUAAUUUACCUGUUAUUUUAAUUUCAACUUAUUUGUAA